UCUCCCAGAGAUCUGGGGACAAUCUGUACACACUCAACUCCAGCGCACAACUCUUUCACCCAGGCAGGCUGUGGAGAGCACAGCGCUGAGAGCAGCCGGGGGUGUGAGAAGGAGGUCGAAGAUUGCAAAUGGCAGCAGGAUUCAGCGGACAAUCAGAAGGGCUAAAGUGAGAAAACAAACACUUUAAAGGAUUUUCGGACCAAAAGCAGGAAGGAGAAAAGAAAUAGGAGGAGAAACAAUUGCAACCACCACACCUUGGUGAAGAGGACUGUUAAAGUUGAGGAGGAGGGGGGGGGGUGGCGACUGAAGUAUGGGCUCCGCGGUGCUCUUCUCUGCCACUCUUAUCUUCAGCUUCCUGUGGUCCCCCGUCGUUGGAGAACCAGGGCCCCGGGGCCAGGACCUGAGGGAGAGGGACGCCUUGUGCAACGAACACGGCUGCUAUGUCGUCUACUUCCAGCGCAAGACCUUCCGGGAGGCCUGGCGCUCCUGCAAGGCGGACGGCGGCAACCUGGCCACCGUCAAGCGGCCCGAGGAGGCGGCCGCCAUCGCCGACCUCUUCGCCAACGCCGACCUGAGGGACCUGGGCGCCGCGGUCAACGUGUGGAUCGGCCUGCAGCGGCAGCCCCGGCAGUGCAAGCCGUCGCGCCCCCUCCGCGGGUUCACCUGGACCACCGGCGACCAGGACACCGAGUACACCAACUGGCAGGCGGCGGAGUCGGUGGACUCGGCGUGUUCGGGGCUGCGCUGCGUGGUCAUGGUGUACGACUCGUCCCUGCCGGCGCGGAGCCGGAACUUUGAGUGGCUGGAGGAGACCUGCUUCGUCCCCGCCGACGCCUACCUCUGCCGCUUCACGUACAAGGGGAUGUGUCCGGCGUUGCCGAGCGAAGGCGGGGGCAACACCCUCUACGCGACGCCGUUUAACCUGCUCACCACCAUGCUCACCCACCUGCCCCUCGGCUCCGUCGCCACGGUUCCCUGCCCGGCGGGCACGAGGGAAGACCAGUCCGUGUUGUGCAUGUCGAAGGAGGGGGACGGCACGGCGGCGGCGGCGGGUUGGUCGCGCGACGGCCCCCUUUGCGCCGCAAGCGCCCCCGCCCCGGUAGCCACGCGCUGGUGCGGGCGGGACAACGGCGGCUGCGAGCACUUCUGCCGGGAAGCGGGCGACCAGUACUACUGCCAGUGCUCCGAGGGCUACCAGCUGGCCGACGACGGGCGGCUCUGCGAGGUCGACGUCUGCCACGGGGCGCCCUGCGAGUCCGAAUGCCUCCCGCUCCCGGACCGCUACCGCUGCGCCUGCCCCGAGGGCUUCAUGCUGGCGCCGGACGAGGAGAGCUGUCUGGACGUGGACGAGUGCCUGCAGAGCCCCUGCGAGCAGCUGUGCGUCAACUCGCCGGGCUCCUUCGGGUGCCUCUGCCGCGAGGGCUACCUCGCGGGCGUCGACGGCGAGUGCGAGGACGUGGACGAGUGCAUGAACGACCCGUGCGAGCAGACGUGCGAGAACACGCCGGGGUCCCACGUCUGCCACUGCCACAUGGGCUACUCCGUCGUGCCCGAGGACCCCCGGCAGUGCCAGGAGACGGACGAGUGCCAGAUCCCGGGGAUCUGCGAGCAGAUGUGCGUGAACUACGUGGGCGGGUUCAUGUGCUACUGCGGGGAGGGCUACGAGCUCGGGCCGGACCACGUCUCCUGUCUGAAGACGGAGUCGGGAGACGGCCGGCCCACCGCCACGCCCGACUUCCCCUGGUACACUCAACGACCCGACUCCGUGUGGAACCCGGAUUUGUUCAAUUGGGCAAUGCGGACUGAGUGGCCCGAAUCCCUGGAUUGGCUGACUGACCCGCCUAGUGUCCAGAGCUCUGAUGUCAUAUGGGUGACCAGCGCCCCCCAGGAGGGAACGCCCCUCCACGUCACCAUGGACCCCCGCAGUCCAGCGCCUGAACACGGCCCGGGAGAGGUUGAAGACGAAGGAGGCUUCCAAAAUGUGUUUCCGUGGGAGUUAGAGCCUGAGCAGACGUCUUCCGCCCCCACCCGCGCAACCCCACCACCACCACCAACCACGACCCCACCCACCCACACAACACCACCGGCCACCAGCCCCACCCCAGAUUGGUAUGACUACGAGGAGGAAGAGGCCACCAGCAGCGUCCCCACCCUGCCCGCGUCAACCACCGUCUCCGAGGGGGCUUGGAACUGGUUCAGGUUCACUCCUGCCAGUCGUGACCCAGCCACCACGGAGUACGGGGCACCAUCAUGGACAGCCGUGGAUUAUAACGUCCCUCCAGCCUCAGAUUAUCCCGAGGAGGACGAGGCCGAGGGAAACGGCGAAAGUCUUAGAGUGUUAUAUUCCUCGGAGGCCGAAAUCGGCAGAGGGAGAAAAAGACAAUGGAGGAGGAGGAGGAGGAGGAGGAGGAGAGGAGGAGGAGGAGGAGGAGGAGGAGGAGGAGGAGGCCGGGACGAUUUUGCCAACGUCCAGCACACCACCUCCGCCCCCGGGAGGGGAGAGGAGGCCGCCUCGGAUGCGGCGCAGAUCGACCCCAGCGAGGUGGUGGAGCAGGGCCACAGCACCUGGCUCCUGGUGGGACUCCUGGUUCCCGUCGGCAUCUUUGCGGUGGUGAUGGUGGCCCUGGGCGUGGUCUACUGCUCCCGCUGUGCCGUUCGGCCCCGCGGUAAGAGCACCACCGACUGCUACCACUGGAUAUCAGGGGCCCACGACAAGCCCGGCGCCCAGAGCUCCUCGGCCGCAGGCAAGUCCCACGUCUAGGCCGGCGAGACGUGGAUUAAUAAGACUCUGAGGGAGAGACGCCAACGAUGGAGGACAGGACCCACUAAACAAUUGUACCGAUGUGUAUGUACACGGUUGAACGCUUUUCUGUGUCACAACACGCCUACCGCACACCUUUAUACCUUAACCGUACCCACUCUUUCGAAACGGUGGAAAAUUGAUGAUGACAGAAGAGAAGGGGCAGAUUGAAUGUAAAAAAAGAAAAUUCAACGACGUCAAUGUUUCAUAAUGCAGAAUGCACGGUAUAAUCUCUGAUAGCUUUAGGAUUGCACUACACUACACAGUCAUUUCAUUAUGGUUUAUAUUCAACACUGCCCAAUGUCAUUCAAUCAAUAUUAUUGAGAGCAUCUGAACGUUGCUUGGAAACAUACUAUGUAUGAAUAAUUGUGAAAAUGACACAACCAUAUCCAAUUCAUAUUUCAACUGUAACCACGGACACAUUGACAGUGUUGUUAAUUGCUCUUGCCAUGAAAUGUGUUGGAUUGCUGAAUUAAACUGCAUACGGUACUAAGAUUAUUCUAAACAAGAAACAACCCAAACUGACAACGCACACUCUGGCAACGUCGGUACAAGUCUAUCUUGCAUUGCAUGCUGGGAAAGCUGUCGUUUUAAAACCAUUGUUGGCUAAAUGUAUGUAAAUAUGUAUUUGUAAUUCUCCUGUCCUUCUGCUUGUAUCACACCUACCACUUGUAGCACCUAUUCAACAUCUGUCAUGUCAGCAGGGUUAUUUUAGGUACAUUUUGUUUUAUGGAGCACAUCAAACCUUGUGCUAUACAGGGGCUUUUCUUUUGAGGGGGGGGGGGGGUGGUGGUGGUUGGCUCCUAGGGAGUGCUUGCUCCGCCAUCCCAGUUCAGAUUUACAGGCGGCUUUCCUGUCUGACUUUCCCAGAAGUGGGUUAAAGUGCAGAUGUCUGUUAGGAGCAGUGAGGGCAACGGGGUCAGAAGGAGACACUUCUCAUUAGAUUUCACAUCAGCCGUGACAUUUUCUCAUACAUUUAUCAUCGUUUGAAGCUUUUCAAAAACUAACAGCACAUAACUUUUCGGUUCAUCCGGAACCACUGGAUGUGGUGGCUGUGGCUUUUGGUGCACAGAUUGGUUUUGGUUGG